AUGGCUCCUUCAGCCUCCCCUGCUACCGCUACGACGGUCCACACCGUGACAGCAACCCCGACCAAGAAGUUUAAACACCCCCUAGACCCCUUGACUCCAGAUGAGAUCAAUGCAGUGUCUCUGGCGAUCCGGCUGCAUACUACCGCAAAUACCCCAAUCAAGGCCGUCCGUUUCAUCACCUGCACUCUUAUCCCGCCGCCGAAGAAGGCCGUCCUUGCGGCACUAGGAAUCCCUCUUAUACCGGGCGGCAAGCCCGAAGCGCCCACUCCGAUCGUGAGGAAAGCCGAAAGUGAUUUCUUGGACGUGGUCGACGGGGGUACAUAUAACGCCGUUCUGUCUUUUGAAGAUGGCACAUGGAACGUCGAUACCUGCGGGUUAGUCGCAGAAGGCGCAGAACCUCAGAUUUCUCCUGAGGAGCUUGCUUUCUGUGAGCACGUUGUGCGCAGAGAUCCCACAGUUCAAGCCCUCGCGAAAGAAGUUGGAGUGCUACCUGAACAAAUAUAUGCUGACGGUUGGGCCAUUGGUUAUGAUGACCGCUUCCCAAAACACACUCGCUUGCAACAAGCUUUCGUCUUCGCUCGUUACUCUGAGCAUGAGAACCUUUAUGCCCACCCCUUGGACUUUGUCGUAGUCAUCGACUCUCUCGCAGAGAAGGUUGUCCAGAUUGACUUCCCACCGACUUACAAGAGGGCCAAGGACGGUUCUGCAGAGUUGGGUGUCUCGAGUACAGCACCGUGUCCAUUGUCCGAAGACUCUUUCACCGAGUCAAAACGAGAGCGCAUUCCACCUCCUGUCAAGUCUUUCGAUUUCCUACCGGAUCUCCUUCAGUCGGACCCGACUCACAAGCCUCGUGAUGAUAUCAAGCCUCUUCACGUCCUCCAGCCUGAGGGUGUGUCAUUUAAGAUGGAUGGCAAUGUGCUCGAGUGGCAGAAGUGGAAGAUGCACGUUGGAUUCAGCCAUCGCGAGGGUAUUGCGCUUUCGACAAUUACAUACAACGACGACGGCGAAAUUCGUCCUAUUAUGUAUCGUCUGUCGCUCGCAGAGAUGGUCGUUCCAUAUGGCGCACCGGAAUUCCCUCAUCCUCGCAAAUUCGCCUUUGACAGUGGUGAAUACGGUAUGGGAACCAUGGCAAACGAGCUUUCCUUAGGCUGUGAUUGCCUCGGACAAAUUCACUACCUCCCUGGGACGUAUGUCACACAUUCUGGGACUCCAUUUAUAAUCAAGAAUGCGAUAUGUAUUCAUGAGGAAGAUGCUGGUGUUCUUUGGAAGCACACUGACUAUCGUCCCGGUGGCCGUCAUCAGACAGUUCGCAGUAGGCGUCUAGUCGUCAGCAUGGUCUGCACGCUUGCAAACUACGAAUACAUCUGGAACUAUCAUUUUUAUCAAGACGGUAACAUUGAAGUUGAGAUCCGUCUUACCGGAAUUCUUCAGGUGUAUGUUGCUGGUCAAGACGAACCCAACCCUUACGGUACGACUAUCGCUCCGAACAUCAACGCACACAACCACCAGCACUUGUUCUCCGUUCGAGUCGACCCGAUGAUCGAUGGCCUCUACAACUCCGUCGUCGAGUCCGACAUUGUCCCUCUCAGCGCCCCCACUGGCUCAAAAGAGAACUUCGCAGGCAACGGUUUCCUUGUGAAGGACAAAGUACUCAAGUCUCAAGUGCAAGACGGCGCGCGCGACUUCGACUGGGCUCGUGAACGUCGUUGGCGCAUCACAAACGGGGCACGGACGCAUGGUUCAUCAGGCAAGGCUGCAAGUUAUGCUAUCAUGAUGAAGGGAGGUGUGCUUCCACUUAUGGCGCAUACUGACUCCUGGGUUGCUCGUCGUGCUUCAUUUGCUCACAAGACGUUGUGGGUUGUAAGAGACAAAGAGGGUGUAGAUGGUGGCAGGAUGUGGCCAAGUGGAAAGUACGUCCCACAGACUCGUGAGGAGCCUGAGGACUCUGUUGGCAGAUGGGUCAAAGAUGGAAACGGAAGCAUCGAGAACGAGGACAUUGUGCUCUACCUGACUGUCGGCACGACUCACAUUCCUCGCCCUGAGGAUUGGCCUGUCAUGCCAGUUGAGCACGUUAAUUUGUUGUUCAAACCUAACAAUUUCUUCACGAAGAACCCGAGCAUGGAUGUUCCAGGAACCAAUGACCCGAUGAGCAAGCCAGCCUUCAAUGGAGCGAACGGCGCCAACGGCACGAACGGCGCUUGCUGCUCGUAUUAA